AUGGCCUCGGUGUUGGUCUGCGGCGGUGGCAACGCGGCACAGGUGGUCUCCUGCCUCUUUGCGAGUCGGUACAAGGUCACUUCCAUUUCAUUGUAUGCAGAUGAAGCAGAGAGAUGGGACAAAGCGGUGAAGGAGGCGAAGGGCAUGACCUGCAACUUCCAAGGCACGAACAAGGCUGUGAACUCCAUGCCCGAUUUGAUCACCAAGGAUCCGUCCGCUGUGAAGAACUGUGACGUCGUGCUUUUCACCGUGCCCAGCAGUUUCCAUGAGCAGUACUUCCGAGCCUUGGAGCCCUUCGUGCAGAAGGGCACCAUCUUUGCUGUGAUGCCGGCCCGCUCUGGCUGCGACUUCCUCUUCAAGAAGGUCAUGGGAGAGAAAGCGGACACUCUGGGCCUCGCGGCCUUCGAGACCUUGCCCUGGGCCUGCAGGUUUAACGAUUGGGGAAAGACGGCCACGGUGCUGGGCACCAAGGAGUCCAUCGGUGCAGCCGUGGUGCCACCCGUUGGGAAGACGAAGCUGGAUGUGAUCUUGAAACUGCAGGGCUUGCUUGGUGUGGAGCCGAAGAUCAUCGAGUGCCCCAACGUGAUGAGCAUCAGCUUGGGAAACCCAGGCCAGGUGAUCCAUCCGGGUGUAACUUUUGGGAAAUGGCAGAACUGGGAUGGGAAGCCCUUGGCCCAAAAGCCGCUCUUCUACCAUGGUGUGGACACGCAGACUGCGGAUGUGCUUGAGGGCAUUUCUGGGGACAUCACGGCAAUUUGCAAAGGCUUGAAAGGUUUGGAUCCCAACUUCGACCUGAGCGAGGUGAAGACGAUCAUGGAGUGGUACAUGGCCAGUUACAGUACCAGCAUCGCUGACGGCUCGACCCUGCAGAAGGCCAUGAGCACCAACAGUGCUUAUGAAGGUUUGUGCCACCCGAUGAAGGAGAGCGGGGGCGGCUACGUGCCCGACUUCCACUUCCGAUACUUGAGCGAGGAUGUUCCCACAGGCUUGUGUUUUUCGCGCGGUGUGGCGGAGCUCCUUGGUGUGAAAACCCCAACCAUCGACAAAGUGCUGCUCUGGGCCCAGGAGAAGCUGUCAAAGGAGUUCUUGAAGGACGGCAAAAUGCAGGGAAAGGACAUAAAGGAUACCCGUGCACCCCAGGCCUUCGGAGUCACCAACAAGAAGGAUCUCUGCAGCUUCUUGAGAAUCAAGAGCGAACCCUCUUGCUGCGCUGGCAUCUGCAAGUGA